AAUGUGUUGCAGUAAGCAAGCAGUGUUUUAUCGAGAUGGAUCAAUGGUAUGGAAAAUUAGCCCUGGUGACCGGCGCCAGUUCCGGGAUCGGGGAGGCUAUCACCAUAGCUCUGCUUCACCAUAAUGUUAACGUAGUGGGCUUAGCCAGGAGAUUGGACAAGAUGAAAAAAUUGGAGGAACAAAUGAAGAGCGCUGGAGGAAAGUUUUAUCCUGUUCGCUGCGAUGUCCGCAAGGAACAGGAAAUUCUGGAUGCUUUUAAAUUUGUCGAGCAGCUCGGAGGAGCUGACAUUUUGGUGAACAACGCCGGCUUGGGAUUCCACGAAACUAUCUCAGAUGGGUCCAUCGAGCAUAUGAAAACUAUACUCGAUGUGAAUGUUCUCGCUGCUGCGAUUUGUACUCGCGAGAUAACGAAAUCAAUAAAACAGCGUGGAAGUAGAGGGCACAUUAUCAACAUAAACAGUAUUCUCGGACACAACGCCAUGCUAGUUAAGAGUUCAGGCAGUCUUUACGAGGUUUCGAAAUACGGAAUAACCGCAAUGUCGGAAGUGUUGAGAAGAGAGAUGACACAAUUAAAACUACCGAUUAAGGUGACGAGUUUGUCCCCAGGUUUUGUGAAUACAGAUAUGCCAGUGAUAAAAGAUGUCGCUGGUGAAAAUUGGAGCGAGAAAGUUCCACAUUUGGAAAGCAAAGAUAUAGCCGAUGGUGCUUUGUAUGUACUUGGGACGCCGGCGAAUGUGCAAGUGAACGAAUUGACGAUCACACCAAUGGCUUCUUCUUAUAUUUAGACUAUGAACAGUAUAACAAUUAUUCAUUUGAAUAUGUUUUUUUAUUGCAUGAAUUGUAUUCAAUGUAUGAAUCGAAGUCUUUUGCACAUAUUAUGAUAAUAAAUCUAUUAUGCCGACAUACAUAAUGACAAGUAAUCUUAAUACCGUUUGGCCUUCAUAUUCCUAUUUUUAUACUUCAAAGUAAAGAACGUAAAAGCAUGUACAUAUUUGACUGGUUCUUUAAACAUUAUACAUUGUAUUUUUAUUUUAAAUCUUUUGUAUUUCUUGAUAAUAAAUUAUUGAAAAUAUUCAUAAAUGUAGGAAAAAGCCGCAGUCUACUUAUCGCAAUACGCAAAGACGUUGUCAUUUGUUAUCACGGUGAUUUUCAUGCAUAUAAUAUCAAGGUUGUGACUAAACACCUAGGAAAAUCCAUGAUGUAACAACAUCAUGGAAAAAUCAAUUUUCUAACCACAUAUGUAAACUAUAAGAUCACACAUCAUUGGUGGCGGAUCUAUGACCCAUGAA